CUCACUACCAUGGGGUGGAGCGCAGAGUGAAUCCUCUUAACCAGGUAAUCUGUCAACCCAUCUGCUGUUACAGUCCACUCUACACCAAUAUGUCACUUCUUAGAUAAACUCUGAAAACCCACCACAAGAGAAGGUAAGAUGUAACCUUUGGUAUAAGAGAUUAAUACAUUUGACAUAAAGAUUUGACCCGUUGUUCUAUCUUUCUUCCAGAUCAUGCUGCUGUCUCCGCAGGCAGAGAGGAACUGGGAGGGUAUCUGUGAGGUGCUUGAAGACGUGCUGGACGAUCAGUCUCACAAGCAGUUAUUUGCUUUAGAGAUCGGCUCCGGAACAGGACAGCAUGUCAUACGGUUUGCACAGAAGCUACCUUUCGUUACCUGGCAGCCAUCGGACAUCAAAGAGGAGUGCCGAGACAGCAUAAAGGCAUAUAUAGCUGCAACCCAUGUGAAAACUGUGCUGCAGCCAGUCCUGCUGGAUGCAAGCGAACCUUGGGACAAAUGGGCAGGUGUUUCUCGUAACUCCUGUGAUGUUAUUAUUGCCGUUAACCUACUCCAGUACAGCUCCUUCAAAACAGGGCAGGGUGUAAUCAGUGGAGCAGGACAGAUCCUCAAACCAAAUGGCCUUUUGAUAACAUAUGGGGUCUAUGCCGUUAAUGGCAUCAUUACACCAAGCUGUAAUGAAGUUCUGGAUGAAGAACUGCGAAAACUGAAUCCAGAGUGGGGUCUACCAGACCUUGAUGUCCUGAGACAGCAGGCCUACGGAAACGGGUUGCGUUUGGAGAGAAUGGUUGAGAUGGAAGACUACUACAAAUGCCUCAUCUUUAGGAAACUCUGAAGAUUAUCCCUGUAGCCAGACAUUAUUUAACAAAUCCACAGGACAGAGGAGUACUAAAAACAAAUUCACAACCAUAUACUUUAGCAAAUUUUGAAUGGAAUAUUGUCGUGGAAAUGGUCAAUUUACUUACAUAUGUUAAAAAUCUGAGAACAUUUUAUACAGUUUGGAUGUACAUAAUCUACCAGCAUGUCAUUUCCUCUCAUCACUUCUGCACUUGUUUUAUCACACCUGUAUUAUUUUUUUACGUUUUUUUUUCCUUUGUUCAUUCUAAAUAUUGUAAAAUAACUGAAAAAUAUAGUUUUUUGUA